AUGUCUUUGACAACAUCUCAACCAGAAAAUCAUAUUCUUCAACCAUCGUAUAUUAUUGAUGGUACAGCGCCCAUAAUAAAUGCUACAGCGCCAAUAAAUGGUACAAACGAACCAUUAACAUUAUGUGAUAUUAAACUUAUUUGUAUACAAAGAAAAAAGAGAAAUAAACGUCAUAUUUAUUUAACAUUUGUUGAAAGUUCUCUAUUAUCGUCCUCAAAUGAACAACCAUGUAUAGAAAUAAUUGGUAAAACAAAAUCUUCAUCAAUAUUAUUAAAUGAUUCUAUAUCAUAUGAAGAUUUUGAUACAAUUAAAAAUGAUUUUCAAUCAUUUAUUUAUAUUUAUUUUGAAACAUAUACAAUAUCAAUAUAUUUUUCUGAUGAAAAUUUUCAUAAAAAAUCUCUUAUUAUUAAAUAUCUCGAGUAUAUUUAUAAGAAAAAAAAUGAAAAAUCAACUGAAAUUAAUAAACAACAAACAUCUCAGGAAUUCUCAUCUUUAUUAACAACUGAAAAUAUUUCGCAUACAUUUGAUAUUAAAUUAAUUCCAUAUGGUACAAUUAUAUCUCCUAAUCAUAUUUUAGUUGGUCAUGCUCGUUUGUAUUUUACUACAACAGAUCUUUACAUAGCUUCUAUUGAUUGUAAUCAAGUCGAGUUAAAGACUACUAUUACAAAUCAAUGUCCAUCAAAGAAUAAACCUAUUUUAUGUAUACCGUAUUUUACAAUAAAACAUUAUGGAAAUCGUUCAAAUAUAUUUCUUAUUGAGCUGGGUAAAUCAAAUUAUGGUAAUGGUGAAAUACAUAUGAAAUGUCAAUCAUCAUCAUUAGCAAGUACAAUACAUUUAUUAGCUAGUCCAGUUAUUGAAGAGCGACCAUUAAUACUUUCAUCAGCAUUUCAAAAUCAAUUAUUAACUAAUAAAAGAAUUGAAAAAUCAAAAAAUAUUCAUCCACCUAUACAACUUAAUCAUGAUAUAACAAAUCAAUCAAUUGUUGAUCGAUCAUUACCAUUUUUAAAAAGACAUUCAAUAGAAGGUUUAUCAGAAAAUUCAAAGAAAUUAAAUCAAGUAAAAUCACGUUCAGUAUUUGGUUGGUUUCGUAAAUUAGUUAAAAAUACUACGCAAUUACAACGAUCAUGUCCAGUUGAUAUUAAUCAAAAUGAUUUAGAUCAACAAUCAAAACUUUUAUCUUCAUCAAUGAAUAAAUUUUUUGAAUUAAAUAUUGAAGAAAAAGAAAAUUCUCAUGAUCAACAACAAAAUAUUUUACCAAAAUCUCAAAGUGCAAUUGAUUCAUCCGAAUUAAUAAAUGAUGAAAAAAUAAAAAUAUCUUUAAUAUCAUCUUUAAAUCACCAAGAAACAACUAAUGGAACAUAUAUUGAUAUGGGUACAACUGUUCAAAAACUAGAUCAAAAUCAACCAGAAGAAAUUCAUGAUGAAAGAAUAAUCAAAGAAACAACAACAUCUAAAGAUAUUGGUGUUAAUACUACUAUCAGUCUACCACCACACGUUCGUUCAGCUAUUAUUGUUGGAAAUUCAGUUCAUUUAAUUGCUGAAGAAAGAUCUGUUUUUCCAAUUGGCCAACGUUCCUUUACUUCUCCUGCUAGUGUUAUGCAACCUUUCAAAGCACAAUUACAUGAACAAACAAUCAUAACUGAAGGUAAUAUGCUACCAUGUGUAUCAAAUAAUUCAAGUUCUAUUUAUCAACCAAUAUCUAAUUCCAAUUCUCAACAAUCAUUAUUUCUUUCAUAUGGUAUAGUAACUUUAAAUAAAAUUCCAUUAACAACUGAUCAAACUGAACGUCCAUCAAGUCCAUUAUCUGAUGUUUCAAAUAUUGAUCAUCGUCUUAAUUCUGAUCUUAGUCUCAUGUCUAUAUCUCAUCAACAACAAGCAUCAAAUAUAUAUUCAUUUGAUAAUAUAUUAUCAUCAUCAUCAAGUUCACAAAUAUUUCGUACAUUAUCUCUUUCAACAAAUAAUAUUGGUGAUAAUACAUCAGGACGAAUAUGUACAUCAAAUGGUAGUAUUAUUUUUUUUGAUGAUAAUUUAACUGAUCAAGCAACAACUUAUUUACUUGGAUCACCACCAUCAACAUUAAAUGAUGAUCAAAUUCAAACAGAUUUAUCACGUGUUUCAUCAAUAAAUUUAACAACAUCUAUAUCACGUUCACAUUUAUCAAAUAUUAAUGAAGAAAAAUUUUCGUCAAAUGAUUCCUAUGCAUUUAUUGAACCCUUACCUAUAGAUAAUACACCAUUAUCCGAUCUAUUACCAGUUCUAACAAAACCUUUAUUAACAUCAGAAAAAACAAUUAAUUAUACUGAUUUACUUUUACCAUCAUCAAAUAUUGAUGAUGAACAACAAGAUUUAAAUUCAAUCGAUCAAACUAUUGAUCAAUCUAAUAAUUUAAAUGAAGAAAAAACUGAACGAUCAUCAACUAUUAUGUAUACCGAUAUUGAUUUUCAUCAAACUGAACGUCGUGAUCGUAUUGCUCAAUUAGCAGCCAUAUCAAACAGUGAAGAUAAAACACCACCAUUUGUUUUAUAA